AUGAGCGACGCCGGGGGCAGCAAGGUGCCUUCGUACCACGCGCCGCCACAUGACUCGCCUGUGAGUGGUGCGACGAUCCAUGAGCUGCGGUGCCUCGAUGCGCGCAUCCAGCUCGGCUUCCACCUCAUCCCGCAUAUUGUGCAGACGCUCCUGACCGAGCUUCCGUCGAGCGCCUAUGUGCUGGUCACCGACACGAACCUGAAGCGCCUCGGCGUUGUGGACAAGUUCUUGAGCGCCUUUGAGAGCUACAGUACUACAGGUACGCCUGCACGCGUCCUCGUCUACGAGCUUGCGCCGGGCGAGGAGAGCAAGAGCCGCGAGACGAAAGCGGCUAUGGAGGACUGGAUGCUCGAGCACCGCCUGACGCGUGACACGAUCGUGAUGGCGUGCGGCGGCGGUGUGAUUGGUGACCUGGUCGGCUUUGUCGCUGCUACGUUCAUGCGCGGACUCAAGUUUGUGCAGAUUCCUACCACCCUCCUGGCGAUGGUCGACUCGGCGGUGGGCGGCAAAACGGCGAUCGACCAUCCCCACGGAAAGAACCUCAUCGGCGCCUUUCACCAGCCGCAGUUUGUGUUUGUCGAUGCAGCUUUCCUGCUCACGCUGCCCCCCCGCGAGUUUUCCAACGGCAUGGCGGAAGUCGUCAAGACGGCCGCGAUCUGGGACGCGGCCGACUUUGUCAAGCUCGAGAAUGAGGCCGAGGCGAUUCGUGCCGCGGUGCUCGGCGAGGAGGCGCGCAGCGCCGCUGACAAUGCAGGCCACACACUCGCGACGCGCUCCGAGGCACAGAGCUUGCUGCUCGACGUGAUCCGGGGCAGUAUCGGCGUAAAGGCGCACAUUGUCAACAUCGACGAAAAAGAGACGGGUCUGCGCAACCUCGUCAACUUUGGCCAUUCGGUCGGCCACGCAAUUGAGGCCGUGCUCACGCCCGAGAUUCUGCACGGCGAGUGCGUCUCGAUCGGCAUGAUCCUCGAGGCAGAGAUUGCGCGCGUCGAGCACGGCCUGCCGCAGGUCGCGAUUGGACGCCUGGUGCGCUGCUGCCAGGCGUACGACCUUCCGGUGUCGCUCAGCGACCCCCGCAUCGCAUCCCUGCCCAAGGCGCAGGAGCUCAGCGUCGCGCGCCUCCUCGACAUUAUGCGCGUCGACAAGAAAAACGCGGGGAGCGCAAAGAAGAUUGUGCUCCUCUCCAAGAUUGGCGGCACGGCCGAGGAGCGUGCGUCGACGGUGUCGGACCCUGUCAUUGCGCGCGUGCUCGCGCCGGCCGUAACGGUGCGCCCUGCGCUCCCCCUGCCCAUGGCGCAGCACACGACGCUCACUACGCCGGGCUCCAAGUCGAUCUCGAACCGUGCGCUGCUUUUGGCCGCGCUGGCGAGCGGCACGACGCGCCUGCGCAACGUGCUCUACUCGGACGACACGCAGGUCAUGAUGAACGCACUCCGUACGCUGCGCAGCGCCGACUUUUCCUUUGAGGACGGCGGCCAGACGCUCGUCGUCUCGGGCCACGGCGGGCAGGUGCGUGCGCCCGACGUCGACGUGCCGCUGUACCUGCAAAACGCUGGCACCGCCGCGCGCUUCAUCACGGCGGUCUGUGCGCUGCUGGCGCCGUCGGGUGCGCCGGCUGCCGUGACGCUGACCGGCAAUGCGCGCAUGAAGCAGCGCCCGAUCGGGCCGCUGGUCGACGCGCUGCGUGCCAACGGCACCGAGAUCGCGUACGAAGAGAGCGAGGGGUGCCUCCCGCUGCGCAUCCAGGGCCACGGUCUGCGUGGCGGCCGCAUGCAGCUUGCGGCAAACGUCUCGUCGCAGUACGUCUCGGCGAUUCUGCUCUGUGCGCCGUACGCCACCGAGGAGAUCACGCUCGAGCUCGUCGGAGGCAAGGUCAUUUCGCAGCCCUACAUUGACAUGACGAUUGCGAUGAUGGCCACGUUUGGCGUGGCGGUCGAGCGUGUGGCGCAGGACACGUACCGCAUUCCCAAGACCGCCUACCGCGCUCCGCCCAUGUACGAGGUCGAGAGCGAUGCGAGCAGCGCGACCUACCCUCUUGCGCUCGCCGCGAUCACCGGCACGCAGUGCACCGUGCCUGCGAUCGGCAGCGCGUCGCUGCAAGGCGAUGCGCGCUUCGCGACCGACGUGCUGCGCCCGAUGGGCUGCGUCGUGGAGCAGACCUCGACCUCGACCACCGUCACGGGCCCUCCGCCCGGCGAGCUGAAGCAGCUCGGCACGAUCGACAUGGAGCCGAUGACCGACGCGUUCAUCACCGCGGCUGUCCUCUUUGCGGUCGCACAAGGUGGCUCGACGCGCAUUACCGGCGUCGCGAACCAGCGCGUGAAGGAGACGAACCGUAUCCGUGCCGUGGUUGAUGAGCUCGCCAAGUUUGGCGUGCGCGCCACCGAGCACGACGACGGCGUCGAGGUGUUUGGCACGCUGAUCACCGACCUGCACAGCACCGACGUACACUGCUACGACGACCACCGCAUCGCGAUGGCCUUUAGCAUCCUUGCCGCGGUCGCGCCCGCGCCCGGCACGACGCUCCUCGAGAAGCGGUGCGUCGAAAAGACCUGGCCGAGCUGGUGGGACGAUCUGCAGCUGCGUCUCGGCGUCGCGGUCAGCGGCGCGCACCUCGACCAGUCGCUGGUCGCCGCGCCGACGCACGCGUCGUCCGCGUCGCCCGAAGCGCUCUCCCCCCUGGCGCUCGGCCUGACGCCGAAAAAGUACGCGUCGGACGCGACGAUUGUGUGCAUCGGCAUGCGUGCGUCGGGCAAGACGCACGUCGGGCGCGCGCUCGCGACGCGCCUCGGCCGCGCGUUUGUCGACGCGGACGAGGUCUUUGCGCAGAAGCACGACCUGCGUGCGUUUGUUGCCGAGCACGGCUGGGCGCGUUUCCGCGAGGAGGAAACUGCGCUGCUUGCGCAGCUGCUCAAGGCGCACCCCACUGGCCACGUCCUCGCGCUCGGAGGCGGGGUCGUCGAGACCGAGGCGAGCCGUGCGCUGCUGCAGUCCUACGCCGCGUCCGGCCCGGUGGUGCACGUUGUGCGCAGCCUCGACGCGAUCCUUGCGUUCCUCGCGACGAGUGACCGCCCCGCGUACGGCGAGCCGGUCGAGGACGUGUAUGCGCGCCGCCUGCCGUACUACGCGGCCUGCUCGAGCGUCGAGGUGUUCAAUGGUCCGAACACGGACACGGUCGAGGUGCUUGUGCGCCAGCUUGCGGCGCCGCUCGGCCUUGCGGUGCCCGUCGACCUGUCGCCCGAGCACGCGUCCUUCUUUUUGUCGCUCACGUUCCCCGACGUAACCGAGGCGCUGCCGACGAUCGACGGCUGGACGGCCGGUGCGGACGUGCUCGAGGUGCGUGUCGAUUUGCUGGAUGCAGCCGGCACGCCGUCGUUUGACUAUGUGCGCGAGCAGAUUGCGCUGCUCCGUGCGCACACCGACCUUCCUUUGCUGUACACGGUGCGCAGCGUGUCGCAAGGCGGCCGCUUCCCCGAAGCCGAGGACGACCUCUACUUUGCGCUCGUGCGCCUCGGCCUGCGUCUCGGUUGCGAGUACGUCGACGUGGAGAUGCACCGCACGCCUGCGCGCCUCGCGGCGGUGCGUGCGCAGCAGGGCCAUGCACAGCUCGUCGCCUCGUCGCACGACGUCGCGGGCGCGGUCCCCUGGUCGUCGCCCAAGGCGCUCGCGCUGUACAAGCAAGGCGCGAAGCUCGGCCAGGUGGUCAAGCUCGUGAGCACGGCGCGGUCGAUGGCCGACAAUGUGCAGCUCGAGACGUUCCGCGCAUCGCUCGCGGCGGAGCCUGUGCCGCUCGUUGCCCUCAACAUGGGCGCCGCCGGCCAGCUCAGCCGCGUGCUGAACCAGGUGCUGACGCCCGUCACGCACGCCGACCUCCCCGCGAAGGCUGCGCCCGGCCAGCUGACGGUGCAAGAGAUCAGCGAGGCGCGCCACCUGCUGGGCAUGCUUCCCUCGCGCCAGUUCUACCUAUUUGGCACGCCGAUCGCGCACUCGCUCUCGCCGCUGAUCCACAACACCGGCUUUGGCCUGCUGGGUCUACCGUACACCUACGCGCUGCACGAGUGCGAGACGCUCGACGAGGUCGCCGCGCUUAUCCGCGCGCCCGACUUUGGCGGCGCGAGUGUCACGAUCCCCCACAAGCUGCGCAUCAUGCAGCACCUCGACGAGAUUGCGCCCGAGGCGCAGAUCAUCGGCGCGGUGAACACCAUCGUCCCGGUCGACCGCGAAGGCAAGGCCGUGCUGCGCGGCGAAAACACCGAUUGGCGCGCGAUCCACGACCUGGCGCGUGCGCGCCUUGCGCUACCCGCCGGCUGCACCGCGCUCGUGAUCGGUGCCGGGGGCUCGGCGCGUGCGGCGCUCUAUGCGAUGCACACGCUCGGCGCGGCGCAGAUUUUACUGGUGAACCGGACCUAUGAAAAAGCCGUCGAGCUCGCCGCGUCAGUGCCGGGCGAGUGGCGCGUGCAGGCUGUCGCUACUAUGGACGAGGCCGCCGCCGCACAGCCCGCCGUGAUCGUGAGCAACGUCCCCGCGGCCGGCACCGCGCUCGUCGAGGGCGAGGCGGACCUCGUGCUCCCUGCGUCGCUCCUGGCGCGCCCCGAGGGCGUCGCGAUCGACAUGGCGUACAAGCCGGCCGACACACCGCUGCUACAGCUCGCCGCAUCUGUCCCGGGCUGGUCGGGCGUCGCAGGUAUCCAGAUCCUCCUGGAGCAGGCCUACCACCAGUUUGCCCUCUGGACCGGCCGCCGCCCCCCCCGCCUGCCGAUCGCCACGCGCGUUCUCGCCGCGUACGCUUCGUAG